GCCAUUCCACAUUAAGUAGGUUGAUGUCUGCAUUGUUAGAGUUGGUAGAUGCUGCCAUCUGUGCCGUUCCCGUUGCCAUGUUUUAUGAGAUUAUACAACAAGCGCGUUUGCAAAAAAGCUAAAAAGACAUUAAAAAAGUGAUGCAUUAUUUCAAGGCUCCAUUUCCAAUAAAAGGAGCAGUCCACUUUUUUUUUAAAUCCGUACUUUCCUCCUCUCCUAAUCAACAAAAACUAUGCAGUUAACAAGGAACGUUACGCGUGUUGCAUCAAUAACGACAACAACAGCUGUUAAAAAACUUCGGUCUCAAGUCUUGUGCAAUCAUAUUUAUUCCAACAGGAAGACACUCUGGACUGCUGCAACCUGUUCUGAUCCUGAUCUAUCCACAGCUUUGUCUCGUUGCCUUCCAACUGCUAAUAAGGCAAAUACGACUGCCUCUUUGUCCAAUGCUCAGGGUCAGAAGGAUUCAAUAACGAUCAUCCUGGCUUCCAGAUCUUAUCCAGGUCUGAUCUGCUCUCGUUACCUUCAAAACUCCCGGACCAUGUCUCUAAAUCAUCCUUCAUUCUCGGCGCAGUCGUCGAUCGAGUUCCUACAAAAAUCUGGACAUGGUGUCUCCACACUCACACUCACACCCGACCCUCCUGUUCUGCCUACCAACUCCUUAGACCCUACAGAUCCCUUGAUCAUUUCCUGUCAACCAUUUUAUCGUGUCUGGUCCAGAAUCUCGUCGGAAAAGAUUGAAAGAAAAAUCAGGGGUAAAUGGGCUCGCCCUCAGGACAUUGAAGAGCGAAGCUUGGAUACUGCAGAUCCUGAUAUCUUCAUGAUUUCUGAUCUAGAGGUGCAUCAAUUUCUGGAAGCCCUGGAUACCGCGAACCCAGAUGUAAUAAACUGGGCAUUUUGGCAAGCUCAACCCCGUUUAUUACUGGGAAACCUUGUAAGGAAUGCUGCAACAGUAACAGCAACAUCACGGACCUCUAUAAGUUAUCCGUCCAUGGCACCCUUAGGGCCCGCUAUGCGGAUUACCAGGAAAUAUGGCUGUUGUACUGUCCAUGAUCUUAGUGUUGGACAAUGGCCUCAAGCACAUGGUCAUUAUGACUCUCAGCUGAGUAUACUCAAGAUUUUCUAUAUCAGAUCCAAACAACACAUUGAGGAACAAUCACAAUCGCCGGAACAAAAUCAGAAGAAUACAGACAACACCUUUAUUUCCAAUCUUUUCGGAGCCUCCAGUGAAAAUGGCUUUAUUGUUGGACAACCCAACUCUCAUACAUGGGUCUGUGCUGUCACAGAUAGCGUCCUGACAUUUUUGAAGUAAACUGUAGCAUAUCAAGUUGUCUAAGUAAAGAUUUCCAGCGGCGUCACCGCGCCUUCAACAAUAUUACCC